GCCUGUGUGAGUGUGUCUGUGUUAGUUUUCAGCGGAUUUUCUGCAAUCUAAGCAGAGCCGACCUGUUUGUGCAACAUUACCCAAUCAGGGCCACAGCCGUGGCUUGUCUUGUACAGUUGUCAAGGAGACUGUCCGCGCACAGGCUGUCUCGCUGCCCCUCCCUGGGGAUCCUGUGUGCUCAUUUGCCAUGCAAAAAACAAGGUGCUGCCAGAGACCCAACAACAAACAAAGCGGAGCUGAAAGGAGGAAAGGUACAGCUGUUAGCACCAGGACCACACCGCUGACAGCAAAGACUAGCUCACCUGUUUUGCACAUUUAGCCAUUUCCAUAUGGGCCGCCGAUGCUUACAAUUUUAUCACUGGAUUACGACUGGGUCAGAAGAGGAGCGGCAGUGUCGGUCGGUGUGGGAUUUUGGGACUUUUAAUUGGUAACUACAGACAGUAAUUGAGGAUUGCAAAGGCCUGGGUCAGAUCAGGACGCUUCAGACCAUGUACCUGUGUGCUAUACCAGAGACGACACCAAAGCACUUCAGCAAGUCAGGUGCUUGGGAGUGAGUCAGCAACCUGAUACAAAACCAGAGAGACCCAAAGAACGAGUGCAGGACCGGAUUACAAUGGGGGAAUUUGUCCUCUGGGUUUUCUUGGAAGUAUGGAGUCAAGGACUUCAGCAGCCUCAAUGCCAGAUGUGAAAGCCACACCAUGUCACUGCUCAGUGGCAGGAUCUCCUGCUGGCUGCAGCACUGACUUUCAAAGAUGUCUGUGCAACCUGCCGGCGUCCUUGUCUUUCCUUGGAGAUCCCUUGUCAGCCUUCUCCAGCUCAGCUGCUGUGCCGUACAGCAGCCUGCACAGUGAGCAGGGGCAGUGCCAGGUCAUGCCACGCUGCCACGGCCUGGGUCCGAGGUGCUGUUCCACGAGCUGCAUGCAUCCUCUAAAGCACGUUGACCCGCGGCUGCUCCCUGUAGAGGAGUGUGCUGCGAAGUGGGCCAGCCUGUGUGUCAACAACACCAGGAGCAGGUUGUAUCGGAGCAUGGAGAACCUUCACUGGACCGCCGUGUCAGACUCCAGUCUGUACAGUUUCAGCCCUCCAUUCAAAAGCGUGGACAGCGAGUUUAUCUUUCGUUGCACAGCCACCAGUCACUGGUACGACUCCUCCUCUGAGGAGGAACCUCUACAGCCCGCUCUGGACAAUACCCCCUUGUACUCCCGGAGAGUGCCUGUACGAAGAGACCUCCCUCUGUUUACCAGGGCUCCAGAGUGGCUCUUUCCUGCGCUGGAUGAGAAGAUCAUGAACGGAGAUGCCAUAAGAGAGUUAAAAGGGAAGCUAAGACUACAAAGCGUCAAGGUCUCAGAGCCUAAGAAACCUAUACGCCCCUCCCAAGUCUCCUUGGGUGAGCCAAUUGCUAAGGAUUCUCUUGAAAACAGGCCUCCCAGGAAGUGCAUCAACAGUUGUUCAAUAUACUGCUGCGAGGGGCCUGAGGAGCGCUCCGCUCCGAGUCAGUGCAGCACUGCAGUGAACAGGCAGAAGACCUUGUUUGCCCGCAGGAUAACCAGCCCCGAGGAGAUCAAGCAGGAGGUUAGGAGAAGACUGCAGCUCCGGAGGCAGAGCAGCACCCCAAACCUGAACCUCCACUCAGUGGAGCAAUGUGGAGAAGUAGUCAAAUCCCGAACGUCUGAGUCCAUUACGCAGCACAGCAGCAAAGCAGAACGCAGGGAGCUGUCACUGGCGGCUGUGGGCAGGAAGAGGUACUCAAAGGGACGGCUGCACAUCCCUACUUUUGAGGAGUUCAAGAGAAUGCGGAAAAGAGAAAACGGACAAGCCUCAGCCGUCCAGGGGGUGGCUCAGAAACAAAGCGAAGGAGGCUCUUGGGCAGAGGACGGGGCUGCUGGUAAACCAGUCACAGAGCAGACAAGCAAGGGAGGCUCUUGGGCAGAGGACGGGGCUGCUGGUAAUCCAGUCACAGAGCAGACAAGUGAGGGAGGCUCUUGGGCAGAGGAUGGGGCUGCUGGUAUACCAGUCACAGAGCAGACAAGCGAGGGAGGCUGUUGGGCAAAGGAAGGGGCUGCUGGUAAACCAGCCACAGAGCAGACGAGUGAGGGGGGCUGCCAGACAGCUCCACAGGAAAACCUGAACAACGUUUCUUCUGCAGACCAGGGAUGCUGCUCAGAAAGGUUGGAAUUUGAAAGCAGGUCUUGUGACAGCAGGGGUGAACAGCUCAAUUGUCAAGAGGACAGUGCAGCCCCUGACAGCACCUUGGGGGUCAAGACCUUUCAAUCAGAGAGUCUAGUCAGCCCAGUAUGCACAAGUCCGAUUCCGAGGUCUCCGUUAUCCCAUGGGGGAGGGAGUAGGGUAAACCAACAUCAGAGCAAAAAGAAAUUUAGCAAAGACUUUUCCUUUCGGGAUGAGCCUCAGGCUGCCGAGACCCAGUCCACCUGCUGCCCGUCGCUGCUGCUUGAGGCGACUGAUCUGUCCAGCUACGGGGCUAAAAUCUGCAGAAUGAAAGAGGGGUUCAUUGGCUCAGCUUUCGAUCUGAUCAAGAAAAGCUGCAGUGUAGAAACCGCUGCCGAGGCUCCGGUCACGGCCUCACAUGACAAAGCUGACAUCACUGCUCAAGGGGAAAACAAUCAAUCCAGAGCGGUUUCCAUGACAACGAAGGCCUGCAGCACGGAGUCAAAUAUCCAGCCUUCUGGAGCACAACCUGCAGAACCAUGUCACCCCAGCCCUGCUUGCCGGAGAUCCAGCUCAGACGCUGCCUCUGACGCCUCCGAGUCCGUGAAGGCUCAGAGAGAGUGCCGGCUGCGGCCCCACUUCAGCGACCCCAUGCCUGCCGACGCUGCCAAGAGGAAGCAGCUGGAGAUGAAGAUCGCCGCAGCAGCCCGGCUUCACAGCCAGCGACGGCACCAGGAGAGAGAGGCCGGUCCGGUUGUUGCCAAAGCGAACAUGAACAGCCUGGGUAGGACGGGGCAGGACGGGGGCAGCCCAAACACCCCCCACCGAGCCAAGCAGCGCUGGAGCAGCCUGAGCAGCGACAGCGGGGUCGUGGGGCUGACCGAUGACAAGGAGGAGGAGGAAGAGGAGGAGCUGCGGAGCGAGGUGGAGCGAGCGGACAGCGGCAUCGGAACAGCCAUGGCCAAGAACUGGAGGAAGAGGCAGACAGACAUUAAAGCCUGGGAGUCUCACAGACCGUGCUCGGACUGCGGGGAGCGGGACUCGGUGUCAGAGCCUGGGGCGGGCAGGAGGGACAGUCUGUGUGAUAAAUGUGCGAAGCUGAGGAUCGAACGCAAGGAGGCCAUCCUGGAGUUCAUGAGCACGGAGUGCAGCUACGGGGAGGAUCUGAGGAUCAUCAGGGAGGAGUUUUACAUCCCCAUGCAGACGGCUGGACUCCUGACCUCCGAGCAGCUGUCUGUGGUGUUCAGCAAUGUCCAGGAACUCCUAGAAGUGAAUGAGAAGUUCACAGAGCUUCUGCAAGCUGGUAUCGAUCAGGGAGAUGAAGAUCUUCUGAGUGUGUGCAUUGGCGAGAUAUUUUUAGAGUUUUUCAAUAUGCUUCCAGCAUUUCAGACCUACUGUCUCCAGCAAUCCACUUCAAUCAACAUGCUCAACACCUUGGAGAAAGAGAAAGAGCUGCUGAGGAUCUUUCUCGACGUCUCCCAAAACGAUAACAGCGCUCUGCGGCGCAUGAACCUGCGGUCCUUCCUGAUGGCGCCGCUGCAGAGAGUCACCAAGUAUCCCUUACUGCUGAGCCGGAUCAGCAAAGCCACCACAGAGAAGCACCCGGACCACAGCAGCCUGCGAGAGGCCAAGAGCCGCGUGGAGUCCCACCUGGAGCACAUCAACAUGAAGAGCAAGCAGGAGGGCGGCUCCUGGUCCCUGCGCUCCUUCCGUCGGGACAGCCGCAAGACCAAGGAUGUGAUCAACAUCGAGAUGAGGGAGCUUUCCUUGAAGAGUGCGGGCUGGCUGCGGGAGAGCACGCGCUUCAUCAUGGAAGGCCAGAUGCAGCUGUCCCAGCCCGUGGACGGGCAGUGGGUCAGGAAGGGCAGCAAGGCCCUGAAGUUCCAGAGCAUGCAUGUGCUGCUGAUGAUCCACAUGAACCUCGACGGGGGGGCAUCUUCGGACAGCUUCGCCCAGCGGAAGCCCGUGAGGGAGGCGGUCCUGGUGCUCAUCAAGGACAAGAGCAGCGGGAAGUUGGCAAUGCUCAGGGAACCCGUCCGUCUCAGCAACUGCGUGGUGUCCGCAGACCCAGACUGUGACGACACCUUCGAGCUGCUCGACAUCCAGCGUGAGGCCUUCGUGCUCCGAGCGGCCGAGAGGUCCCGGACGCUGCAGUGGUUCCGCCAAGUCAAGAGGUACUCCCGCGAGCUGGGUCUCUGGAAGAAGAGGCGCAACGCCAUGCCGAACAUCAUGAUCAGCACUGUGCAGACCCGCUCCUAACA